CAAUGGCUUCAACAUUGAAAAUAACACUAUUCUUCUCCAUCUUCACCAUCUUCUUCCUAUCACCAAUCACAUCUAACCCCCACCCACUAGACUCCCUCACUCCCUCCGAGUUCCUCCUGGUUCGAACCAUUGUGAGCCAAUCCUACCCUAGCCCCAACCACAAGCUAACCUUCCGGUAUGUAGGCUUAGAGGAACCAGAAAAACCAGUUGUAAAAUCAUGGCUGACAACACCCCCCACCAAACCCCCACCUCGCCAAGCUUUAGUUGUUAUCAGGCUCAACCAACAAACCCGUGAACUUAUCGUAGAUUUGUCGAAACGUUCCAUCGUUUCCGAUAAACUCUACGAUGGGUUCGGCUACCCCUUACUUACCCGCGAAGAACAAGAAGCUGCUGCUGAUUUAGCCCUUAAACAUGAACCAUUUUUAGCAUCAAUUAAACGACGAGAACUUAAUAUAUCUGAAGUUGUUUGCUCAACUCAAACCAUUGGUUGGUAUGGAGAAGUAAAGACCGAAAGAGAACUAAAAGUCAUAUGUUUUUAUUUAAAUGGAACGGUUAAUAUGUAUUUGAGACCAAUUGAAGGGAUAACUAUUGUUGUCGAUAUCGAACAAAUGAAGAUAUCUGAAUACGUUGACAGAGCAGUGUCUCCGUUGGCCAAAGCUGAGGGAACUGAGUAUCGAGCAUCCAAGAUAAGGCCACCUUUUGGUCCACGUUUCAAAGCUGCUCCGCCCACUCCACCCGGUCAAGUAGGGUUCACACUCGACGGAAAUGUUGUCAGCUGGGCAAAUUGGAAGUUCCAUCUAGGGUUUGAUGCUCGAGUUGGUCCAGUAAUCUCUCUAGCUUCCAUUUACGACGUCGAUAAGAAAAAAUACCGUCAAGUCGUGUAUCGAUCAUUCAUCUCGGAGCUGUUCGUUCCGUACCAGGAUCCCACCGAGGAAUGGUACCACAUUUCGUUUUUCGACUGCGGAGAAUUCGGGUUCGGGAUCUAUGCAGUUUCAUUAGAACCCCUCAACGAUUGUACAUCCAAUGCAGUGUUCGUUAAUGGUUACUAUGCAGGCCAAGAUGGUAAACCUGUCAAAGUACCGGAUGUAAUGUGCAUAUUUGAAAGACAUUCAGGUGAUGUUAUGUGGCGACAUACUGAGGCUGAGCUUCGAGACCAAAAGAUCAGAGAAGCGAGACCAGAUAUUAGCCUAGUGGUGAGAAUGGUUGCAACUGUGGGCAACUAUGACUAUGUCCUUGAUUGGGAAUUCAAACCAAGUGGAUCCAUCAAAUUCCGGGUUGCUCUAACAGGAGUGUUGGAAGUGAAGGCCGUACCAUACACUCACGUAGAUGAAAUAACAGAGGAAGUUUACGGUACAUUAGUAGCAGACAACACGAUCGGCGUGAGCCAUGAUCAUUUCUUAACAUACCAUCUCGAUCUGGACAUCGAUGGCGAUACAAAUUCCUUCAUCAAGACCCAUUUGAUCACCAAACAAGUCAAAGACAAGAACAUCCCAAGAAAAAGUUAUUGGAAUGUUGAACAUGAAAUUGCCAAAACCGAAUCCGAUGCAAAGCUCCAAAUCGGCUUAAAUCCACCGGAACUCCUAGUUGUUAACUCAUACAAGAGAAGUAAAACCGGAAACAAAGUUGGAUAUCGUUUAGCUCCCGGAUCUGCAGCUGGUCCACUCCUCGCUGCCGAUUAUUACCCACAAAUCCGAGCCGCUUUCACCAAUUACAACGUGUGGGUAACUCCUUAUAACAAGUCGGAGAAAUGGGCGGGUGGGCGAUACGUUGACCAGAGUCGAGGAGACGAUACGUUAGCAGUGUGGACCAAGAAUAACCGGAGCAUUGAGAAUAAGGACAUCGUGUUGUGGUACACCAUGGGGUUCCACCAUGUGCCUUGCCAAGAAGAUUUUCCGAUUAUGCCGACAUUGAGCGGUGGAUUUGAGAUUAAACCCACUAAUUUCUUUGAGUAUAGUCCGGUACUGAAAUCCUUCCCUCCUCAGCACACAAGUUGGCCAAAUUGCACCGCCUGAGCCAAGGGCACCAGUUUUAGAGAUUUUGUCCUUCAACGAAAAUUAAAUGCGCUAAUAAUAAAGUGUUUUGUUCGUUGGACGUAGUGAAUUAUGUUAUCCAGGUUAUCUAUUUAAGAAAUAAAAUAUGGUUUACCAAUGUAACCUAAA